CUUCCGGCUCCGUUGUUGCUGUGGGCUCCGAGAGUUCCAGUUCUGGCUUGUCUGGACUCUGCGGUUUCCUAAGAGAAAUCUUGAAAAGGACUGAACAGUUUUUGCAGUUCUGAAACCAUGGCCCAUGGACCAGUGACGUUCAGGGAUGUGGCCAUAGACUUCUCACAAGAAGAAUGGGAAUUCCUGGACUCUGCUCAGAGGGACUUAUAUAGGGAUGUAAUGUGGGAGAACUACAGCAACUUCAUCUCCCUGGCGGGACCUUCCAUUUCUAAUCCAAACGUGAUUGCUUUAUUGGAUGACGAAGGAAAGGAACCUGGGAUGGUUGUGAGGGAAGGGACAAGAAAAUAUUGCCCUGAUUUGGAGUCCAGAUAUAGGACCAACACUUUAUCUCCAGAAAAGGACAUUUGUGAAAUAUAUUCAUUCCAGUGGGAGAUAAUGGAAAAAAUUAAAAGCUGUGGCAUCCAAGGCUCCAUUUCUAAAAAUGAUUGGAAAUGCAAAAGCAAAAUUGAGGGAAAGAAGGAGCCACAAGAGCGUUGUAUUGGGCAAGUGAACAUUACCUCUGAAAAGGUGACCUCUUAUAAAAAACACAAUUUUCUUGCUGAAUAUCAAAUAAUUCAUAAUGGAGAAAAGAUAUAUGAGUGUAAGGAAUGUAGGAAAACCUUUAUUCGUCGUUCAACAUUAAGUCAACACCUGAGAAUUCAUACUGGUGAGAAACCUUACAAAUGUAAGGAAUGUGGGCAGGCCUUUAGACAGCGUGCACACCUUAUCCGCCAUCACAAACUUCACACUGGUGAGAAACCCUAUGAAUGUAAGGAGUGUGGGAAGGCCUUUACAGUACUCCAGGAACUCACUCAGCAUCAGAGACUUCAUACUGGUGAAAAACCUUACGAAUGUAAGGAAUGUGGGAAGGCUUUUAGGGUACAUCAACAACUGGCUCGACAUCAGAGGAUUCACACUGGUGAGAAACCUUAUGAAUGUAAGGCGUGUGGGAAGACCUUCAGACAGUGCACACACCUUACUCGACACCAGAGGCUUCAUACUGCUGAGAAGCUCUAUGAGUGUAAGGAAUGUGGGAAAGCCUUUGUAUGUGGUCCAGACCUUCGAGUACAUCAGAAAAUUCAUUUUGGUGAGAAGCCCUAUACAUGUAAGGAAUGUGGAAAGGCUUUUAGAAUAUGCCAACAACUUACUGUCCAUCAGAGUAUUCAUACUGGAGAGAAACCCUAUGAAUGUAAGGAAUGUGGGAAGACUUUCAGAUUAAGGCAACAGCUUGUUCGCCAUCAGAGAAUACAUACACGUGAGAAACCCUAUGAAUGUGUGGAGUGUUGGAAGACAUUUAGUAGUUACUCUCAACUUAUUUCACAUCAGAGCAUUCAUAUUGGUGAGAGACCUUAUGAAUGUGAAGAAUGUGGGAAAGCCUUUAGACUUCUCUCACAACUUACUCAACAUCAGAGCAUUCAUACUGGCGAGAAACCUUAUGAAUGUAAGGAGUGUAGAAAACCUUUUAGACUGCUCUCACAGCUUACUCAGCAUCAGAGUAUUCAUACUGGUGAGAAACCUUAUGCCUGUAAGGAAUGUGGGAAAGCUUUCAGGCUUUAUUCAUUUCUUACUCAGCAUCAGAGGAUUCAUACUGGCGAGAAACCCUACAAAUGUAAGGAAUGUAAGAAGGCCUUUAGACAGCAUUCACACCUUACUCAACAUCAGAAGAUUCAUAAUGGAAUUUAGUAGAAGAAAGCCUUCAAAUACACAUUGUGUUUCGGAACAUCAGAAAGCUCAUUUUUGAAAAAAUUUGUUUCAUGUGCACAACUAAGCAUAAUAAAUUUUAUAUUAGAAAGAAUCUGUUGCUUUAAAAACCUUCCCUCGCCUUUUAAACAUUCUUUAUCUUCAGCGAAUUCUUGAGAGAAUAACAAUGAAUCUAGGAAAAUGCUUAGCCUUAUCAUUCUUUAUUUUACCACUUUAUUACCACAGGGAUGUUGGACAAGAUAGUGUACUGUGCCUCAUUUUUCUCAUUGUAAAAUAAUGUUACUUAUUUUUAUUAUUUAUUGUGUAAUAAAUUACCACAAACUUAGUAGCUUAGAAUAAUACACAUUAUCUCCUAGCUACUAUGGAUGUGAAAUCUGGUCGUGACUUAAUUGUGUCAAGGACCUCAUCUGAAGGCUCCACUAGAGAAGGAUCCAGAGGAUUGUAGCCUGAGUUCGUUUCAUCAAGGAGUGUUACAGUGAGAUCCCCAGCUUCUGCCUGGCUGCUGGCUGAAGACCGACUGCAGCCUUUUGCCACAAUGGCCUCUUCAGCAUGGCUAAUUGCUUCAUCAGAGCACACAAGCCAAGAUGGCAGUGGAGUCUGCCAGCAAGAAGAAAGUUACAGUUUUGUGUCAUCUACUCAUGGAAAUGACAUCACAUCGUCUUUGCUAUUUUCAGCUGGUUAGAAGUAAAUCUUUGGGCUUCCACUGUGGUGUAGCACAUGAGCCUGCUGCCUGCAGCACUGGCAUCACACAUGGGCACUGGUUUGAUUGAAAGCACUGCUCUGCUUUCAGUCCAUCUCCUGCUAAUCGCCUGGGAAAAGCAGCAGAAGAUGGCCCAAGUGCUUGGGCCCCUGCUCCCACUGUGGGAGACCUGGUUGAAGCUCCUGGCUUUGGCCAUCUGAGGAGUGAACGAACAGAUGGAAGAUUUCUCUCUGUAUCUACCUCUCUCUUUCUCUCUCUGUAAAUCUUUCAAAUAAACAAAUAAAUAUUUAAAAAAGUAAAUUACAAAGAAGCCCACACUCAAGGGAAAGGGAUUAUAAUGAAUGUGAAUACCAGGAGACAGGAGCCAUUGGGGGUCAAUUUAGAGUCAGCCUGCAACACCAUGUAAUGAUAUUGUUGUGAGUAUUGAAUAGUUAGUUUUUGGCAGAUGAGCAGUCACAUAGCAUGUAUUCUGUAAAUAUUAUUUAUAAUUUUCAGUAUUUGUGAAUUCAAAUGAAAGAUCCUAUGGGAGUAAUAAAUGUAAAAAUGCCUCCUAUUACCUCUCAGCACUUACUGAACAAACUAAUUUAUUCUAAGUAAGAUAUGGGAGAUUACAGUGAAUAUAAGAAGUUCUUCAUCACUUAACCUGCAUCAGAAAUUUCAUGCUGAAAAGAAACUUUCAUGAAUAUGAGGUUGUUGAGUAUGACUAUUGGAGAAUCAGAAAUAUGGAAUGAUAUUCAUAUAAUUUCAAAAAGCAAAUGGUUACAAUCCCUGCUGUCUGACUAUAGUUCAAGAUUAAUUCAAAAUUAAUGCUAUACUUCAGAAAGAGGACAGAAAGAAACUAGCCAUGUUGAAAUUUAAUUUUGUUGAUGUGUGCACACAUACAUGUAAAUGUGUAUGUGUGUCUGUUUAAGAUUCUGUAAAACAUAUUCCAUUAUAAUCCGUGUAUUUUGUGGUACUCGAAAUGCUCUUUCUUCAAACUGUUGGAGUUGUAUCAAGUUGGAUCUUUUGACAUGACCCCACCAGUAGUUUGACAGUCUACUUAAUUAUGGCUGCAUAAUUUAGUCACUUAGAGAAGAUGCUAGGGCACUGAUUCAUAAUUCUUAAAUAAAGAGGAAUUGAACAUUUAUUUUUCUUUUUCUAUAUGAACCAAGUUUUCAGAUCACCCUGAAUUCAUCUGAUUUAAGUUCUUUUUAAAAGAAGUCCAAUCAGUAAAUACAGAAAGAACGAUAGGAUAAGAAAAAAAAGUCACCAUUUUCUAAAUGCUAAUGGGUUAAAAGGUCAAGAAAAUGACCUUUAAAGGAUGAAAACUGAGAUUUUUAUAUUGAAAUUUUUAUAUUGGAUUUAUCAAGUUGACCAUCUCUGAACGCUUUGAUCAAUUUUAACUUCAGUAAAAAUAGGUCCAUGAGACAAUAUCCACUGAUAAAAUGCAACAGGAAGAAUCACUACCUGUGAAACCUUACUGCCAAAAUAAUGAACUGAAGUAUAUCAAGUAUUUUAAAACCAAGAGUGAAAUAUAGAUGAACAUUGUAGGUGCCAUCACAUGGAAGCAGAAGAUCAAGAAUAUGUAAAGUGUCCUGAUUUCAACUAAUGAAUGUCAUGAGAAACAAAGAAAUGGAAGAAGUGUGGCAUUAUGUUGGCAUUACUUGGUGGCAACAAUGUCAAACGACAUUUUGGAGAUGAUGAGGGAAGUGUGGACACUUAGUAACACUAUUUUUUUAAAGCACUGAUAACACAAAUGUGGUUACUAAAUAUAUCUGUUUUAGAGAUACACAUUUAUGAAAUUAUAAGAUUUCCCUUAAAAUAUUCCAACAAAAGAAAAGGAAUUGGUUAAGAGAGCUGGAAACUACAUUGGCAAAAUAUUGAUAGCUACUGAAGUACAGUGAUUUGAUCAUAUGGCAUUGUUCUAACAUCU